GAGGACUCACGUGUAUUGUUUUAUUUUCAUCGUCAGAUAAAUAUAUGCUGCUUUACUAUGGGAGGCGGCAUCUGCAUUGACAAGCAAUGUUUUCCGUAAAUGGUUGAGUUAACUGGGCAAAGCCAUGUGAGUGCUUUAAGGAGGUGUCAGCGUGGGUCCUUAUUUCAAUUUCAAUACCAAUGGGAAUUGCUCGCCAAUCUCAUAUUUCAAGGCCUAUAAAUAUAAACUCCAAGAGAAGAGACUUCAACCUGAAAAACUACAUCAUUUCAGUGUCUGUCAACCAGGAUCAUCAUCGUUGUCAUCAACUCAAGCUUUUGGUGUCUUCAACUAAGGAUCAGAUAUGGGUUUCCGUUUACCUUCUGUGAUUCUUCAUGCCAAGCAAGUUCUAAAACUGCAGUCUAGGAACCAGACAGAUGUUCCAAAAGGCCAUAUUGCAGUUUAUGUUGGAGAAAUCCAGAAGACAAGAUUUGUGGUUCCCAUUUCAUACUUGAAUCACCCUUCUUUUGUGGAUUUGCUCAACCUGGCUGAGGAACAGUUCGGGUUUAAUCAUCCCAUGGGUGGUCUUACAAUUCCAUGCGACGAAGAUGCCUUUCUUCAUCUCACUUCUCAGCUGCAUGGCUGCUGAAAGAUUAAUAUAUAAGUUUUGUUAACUGAAUUAUUUAAUUCCAUUGUAGAAUAUUAUAAGAACUUGUAACUGUAGAUACGACCUUUUGACAACUGACAUGAAUGGAGUGAAGAGAUAGAUUAUGUAUGCUCUCUCCCAACAAGAUUUUGUCAAAAAAUGAUAAUGAAAUUCUUUGUUUUUAAAGCCUA